AAAAAAAAGAGGUUUUUUUCUUUACACUUCGCCUCACUCUCUUUUAUUUCGUUCCUCUAUUCGCUACGUCGUCGUUAGGGUCGUCUUCGGAUCGGUGGAACUUGACUGCGCCGGCGUGAAUUCCGACGCUGCGAGUGGCACCGAAUUGCGAUAGCGGUGACGAAUAUGAAGGUUUUCGUUAAGACUCUCAAAGGCACUCACUUCGAAAUCGAAGUGACGCCGCAAGACACGGUUUCUGAAGUGAAGAAAAAUAUAGAAACUGUUCAGGGUGCAGAUGUCUAUCCUGCUGCACAGCAAAUGCUAAUUCAUCAAGGGAAAGUUCUUAGGGAUGCUUCUACCUUGGAGGAGAAUAAAGUAGUUGAAAAUACUUUCAUUGUAAUUAUGCUAUCAAAGAGUAAGAGCCCAUCCGGUGAAGGAUCUACUACUUCAACUGCACCAUCAACCAAGGCCCCACAGACAAGUACAGUUCCUGCUUCAACCCCUCCAGCGUCAGUAGUUCCUCAAGCUUCUGCUCCUGCUCCUGCUGCAACUGGGGCACUGCCUGCAUCAGUUACUGCACCUAUAUCUUCACCUUCUCCUGCUCCAGCCCCAACUCCUGCUCCAGCCCCAACUCCUGCUCCUAUAUCUUCAGGAAAUGCUGUGGAAGGGUCUGAUAUCUAUGGGCAGGCUGCAUCCAAUCUGGUUGCUGGAAGCAACUUGGAGGGAACAAUUCAGCAAAUUCUUGAUAUGGGUGGAGGGAGCUGGGACAGGGAUACCGUUGUCCGUGCUCUUCGAGCUGCCUACAACAACCCUGAGAGAGCUGUUGAAUAUUUGUAUACAGGUAUCCCCGAGCAAGCUGAAGCUCCACUUGUAGCCCAAGUGCCUGCAAGUGCUCAACCUACAAAUCCUCCUGCUGAUGCUCCACAAACAGCACAACCUGCUCCAGUUACCUCAGCUGGACCUAAUGCUAAUCCAUUAGACCUUUUUCCCCAGGGUCUCCCUAACGUGGGUUCUGGUGCUGCUGGUGCUGGUUCAUUAGACUUUUUACGCAAUAGUCAACAAUUCCAAGCCUUGCGAGCUAUGGUGCAGGCUAAUCCACAAAUAUUGCAGCCUAUGCUACAAGAGCUUGGCAAACAAAAUCCCCAUCUAAUGAGAUUGAUUCGAGACCAUCAAGCUGACUUCCUUCGCCUGAUAAAUGAACCUGCAGAAGGUGCUGAAGGGAACAUAUUGGGGCAGAUGGCUUCUGCGAUGCCACAAGCAGUAACCGUCACUCCUGAGGAGCGGCAGGCAAUUGAACGUCUUGAAGCAAUGGGUUUUGAUCGUGCAAUCGUAUUGGAGGUGUACUUCGCUUGUAACAAAAAUGAGGAAUUGGCUGCCAACUACCUUUUGGAUCACAUGCAUGAGUUCGAGGAACAAUAGAUCUCCUUUCGAAUUUGCCAAAUUAUUUCGUGUCAUCUUUUUUCUCGAUGGGUCUUUGUUACACACUAUGUUUAAUGAGGUAAUGCUUUUGAUAAUGUCAAAUCUCAAGUGGAUAAGGGAUGUUUUAUUCUCCUCCAUAUUAUUGCCCAUGUAUUUAUCAUUUCCAGCCCGUCGAGGGUUUCUUAGUAUUUCAUAUACAUAGUUGUUUGCCUUGUAUUACUGGUAUUGUGCAUCCUUUUAACGUGUGUAAUUGUGCAUGCUUGUUCAUUCGCAAGUCGAUAGAUGUGUAAUUCGUUUGACACAGACUGUUUCUGGGUUCAGUUCAUGUUUUUGGAAAUAUAAUGACUUUUUGCUGUCA